AUGCGGGUGCUGUCGGACAAGCUAUACUAUGACCAAUUGAAGAGCUACGUAUUCCAACAUGACCUGCUGGUGGACAGCCUCCUGUAUAAGGACGUCAAACUCACAGCGACCAAUGAUGACCAGUACUUCGUCUUCGAGGACUACCUCUACCAGGUCCUUCUGGUCUUCUCCAGAGAUACCAAAGUCUUGAGUCACUUUGCCAACAGCUCGGCCACGCCGGCCAAAUCUUAUAUCCGAGGUAUGUUAGGAGUGGAGGAAUAUGCAGUGAUCUACCCGCCCAAUGGUAUCAUUCCAUUUCAUGGAUUUUCUAUGUAUGUGGCACCUCUGUGCUUUGUGUACAGUGAUCCUGUCAAGUUAUACUACAUAUUCCGUGAGAUGUACAUGCGCCAUCUGUUCAGACUACACACAAUCUCAUCCCAUCCUCAGGGUAUUAUAUCUCUCUGCAUCCUGUUUGAGAACCUCCUUCAAUCCAGCCAGCCUCAGCUCUAUUAUCAUCUCAGGGAGAUCGGAGCCCAACCGUUGCGUAUUGCCUUCAAGUGGAUGAUGCGGGCAUUCUCGGGUUACCUUGGGAGCGAUCAGUUGCUUCUGCUGUGGGAUCGCAUCCUAGCACACGAAUCUCUGCUUAUUCUCCCAGUUCUGGCAGCAGCAAUCUUUGCUUUCCGUCGAGUCAACCUGAUGCAGACAGCUUCCUAUGCCUCAACCGACGCUGUGCUGUCUGACCUGUCCACUCUUCAGGUUAUGCCUCUACUGCAGAUCUUCAUGUUCCCAAGCUAACCUCAACAUCUAAGGAAACCAGACUCAAGGCCCACAUCAACCUGAUCCAGAGUCCUCUUGUCUGCCCCCAUUUUAAGUCUCUCACUGGAAUGGGGUCAACUUGAGGUCAUCUAGACGUUUCAUCCUCAGUUGAGAAGCCCAACUUGACAGAGUCAGGAAACCAGACUCAAGACCCACAUCAUCCUGAUCCAGAGUCCUCUUGUCUGCCCCCAUUUUAAGUCUCUCACUGGAACGGGGUCAACUUGAGGUCAUCUAGACGUUUCAUCCUCAGUUGAGAAGCCCAACUUGACAGAGUCAGGAAACCAGACUCAAGACCCACAUCAUCCUGAUCCAGAGUCCUCUUGUCUGCCCCCAUUUUAAGUCUCUCACUUCAUUCAUCUUCAUUCACAGUGAGUAGGGAUUCAUGUCGUUGCCAAAUCCUUGCUCUACAAAAGGUAUCAAAACCCUUGAGAAAACAAAAUACUGGGUGUAAUAUAAAGUCAGAAAGGAAACUUCUCGAGUAGCAUCCAAUCUUUGCAUUCAGAUCCCCAAUAAUCCCUUGUGUAAAGAAGUUGGAAUUCAUCCAAAUCUACAAAAACACAGAUGGUUCGCCCACAGGAUGCAGUCCCUUGUUCAUGAGUAUAUAAAUCAUUGUCCCAUGUGUGUUUGAAAAGGACUAUAGAAGCUGCUGACACUCAGCGUUUGUUGUUUUUUGGAGUCCGCUGUUUCUCAGAAAUCUUAAUGCUUAAAGGCAGUGGAUACUAUUGGUAAUUGUCAAAGACUAGCCUUCACAGUUGGUGUAUCUCAACAU